UUCUUCAACACAACUUUUUCAUCUUCUUCUCUAUAGCUUCUGGUCUCUCCUUUUUCCUUUUUCAUAAGUUUGUGAGGAUUAAGCUUCGUUCAAAUUAAAAUGAGUUACCCUCAUCAAAAACAGCCUUCAGUAGCAGGGUAUCCUCCACAACCUGCAGCCACUGCAUACCCUGCAGGGCCUUAUGUGGCUCCUCCGCCAGUCGGUUAUCCCAUGAAACAUGGUCAUGACUACCCUCAGAACCCAGCUGCAGUGGAGACCAAGGCCAAGGGUGAUGGCUUCUUGAAAGGAUGUUGUGCUGCCUUGUGUUGCUGCUGUCUCUUGGACGCUUGUUUCUGAGGAUUCAGCCAGAGAGAGAGAGAGAGAGAGAGAGAGAGAGAGAGAGUUCAUAUAUUUAACACAUUCUUUUGUGUAGUUUUCAUUUUCCUCUUUAGAGUGUAGAGACUGGAUUAUUAUUGUGUGAGCAAGGGGAUUACUCGAUUGAUUGUUCACUCGUGUAUUCUUAUAUUUGAUUUUAUUACUAUUAUUAUUAUUUUAGUGUUAA